AUGACUCUAGAAGUUGCAGAUGAGUGCACCGAAAACAAAUCAUUUACUGAGCACUCGGAGGUUGAAAAACUCAUUGACGAACUGAGGACGUCAGCCCAACAUCAGACAAACCAAACGGAUAUUCGUUUAGUGGAGAGAAACUGGCAAAGGUUUUCGUUCAUUCUAGAUCAAUACCAAGAGCAACCACAUUUGAUCGAUUCACACCUCGAUGGACUACUCACUAAAAUCAUCAACAUCAUUCGAGAGGAAGUGCUGGAUUAUGAGGUGAAACAUGUGGCCUUCCAAUGCCUCUACUUUAUAUUGAAAGUCAGGGGCUACAAAGUUGUAGCAAGACAUCUUCCUCAUGAGGUAAUACUGCCGAUCUGGAGCUUUUGCUACAUUACUUGGAAAACCAAGAAAGACCCUGAUGUGCAACUAAAAUGGGAGACUCAUUACGGCUUGCUUCUCUGGCUCAGCAUUGUAGUUAAAAUCCCAUUCCACCUUCAGCGAUUUGACACCAGUACUUCAGAGCCAAUCAUGGAAAGAAUUCUGAAUGUCUGUAAGAAAUACCUGGCUGGGACAACUAAAGCUCAGGACAUGGCCUUUUAUGUAUCGGCAAUCUAUCUUACAAGGCCUGAUGUCAAAGAUUCCUAUCUAUCGGGAUUCAUCAAUUGGGCUCAUGAGGCUCUUACCAAAGAUAGUGCUCAGUUCAAAAAAGGAGUUCUUUCAACGUUGGCCGGCGUAUUCAAACAUGGGCAAAGAGAACAAAUGAUGGAGCAUGCACAUGCUGUGCUGCGUACCAUCCUGACGAUUAAAUUCCAACCGUCAGAAUUGCUUAUUCAGUUAAGAAACCGUUUGAUAUUCUUGAAACCUCGAGUUGCCUCUUGGAGAUACCAGCGGGGCAGCAGAUCAUUAGCUGCCAAUCUGCAACAGAGCCAACCCGUGGAGACUAAAGCAGCUAUUUCGGUGAAUGAUGAAGAUGACCACGAUUACGACGUGCCGGAAGAAAUCAAAGAAGUACUUAACGAGAUCCUGCAAGCCCUCCGAGACCAGAACCGUGAAGUCCAGUACUCUGCAGCAAAAGGCAUUGGGCGGCUGACCAGUCGCUUAUCAAAGAACUUUGCCGACCAGGUUAGCUUAUUAUUAAUAUGA